UUUAAUUAUCGGGCUAGUGCGGUGGAAGUCCUCAGUGAGAUCUUGACAGGGAAAAAAAAACUUUCGGAGAUUGAGCCCUGUUGGACCAGUCCGUGGGCUGAGCUGGAGCUCAAUGCGAGUCAAACUCACCCAGCACACUCACACACUGAGCGACGCCCUGAAUCCGUGAGCGGGUCAGCCUCUAUCAGUGAGAUUUCAUCUCCGCAAAAGGAUAUUGGAGAGAAACCAAGAGAAAGCGGCGCGGCACCCAACCCAACCCCUCUCGCCGGCAGCACACCCCUCCAAACUUUUCAGCAGUCGUGCUAAGUUGUGUUGCUGAGCCUCGGCUCUCGGUGUGAGAAGAGGACGAUGAAGGCAGCUGUCGAACAGCCGGCUCUGACUAUCAUUAAGACGGAGAAGGCUGAUGAGCUACGACCUCACUUACUGGACGGGGCAGUCCAGGCUCAGAGACUUUAACUCCAAAUACAGCCACAAAAAUGACGGGUUUCAGACGCCAGCGUUCAGGCGCAGGGGCUCUGGGUUUUGAUUAACGAAGGUAUCGGGAGGAGUCUGGCAGAGGGAUGUGUCCUUGUUGUUCUGAAGCAGCUCACAGCGGCAUCGGGGCAGAGAAAGGCCACAGAACCGGACUGCUUGAUUUGGAAUGUGGGGAUAUACCAUUACUGACUCCCAGCAGCAACAAAAUGAUGUCUCAAGCCCUCAAGGCCACAUUUAGUGAAUUCACCAGGGAGCAGCAGAGACUGGGAAUCCCAAAAGACCCUCGGCAAUGGCUGGAUGAGCACGUGAGCCACUGGUUGGUCUGGGCUGUCAACGAAUUCAGUCUGAAGAAUGUGGACUUCCAUCAGUUCCGGAUGAAUGGAGCCAGUCUGUGUGCCUUGGGCAGGGACAGCUUCCUCGAACUAGCUCCCGACUUUGUGGGUGACAUCUUGUGGGAACAUCUUGAGCAGCUUCAGAAAGAAUGUCAAGAAGAUAUAAAGCCCUAUGUGGUGAAUGGAGUGGUGUCCAAUUACACUGAGAACAGCCUCUUCUCUGCCUACCCCAUGGGUUAUGGCAUUGAGCAUGCUCAAUGCGUCCCUCCAUCUGAGUACUCAGAUCCAGGAUUUAUUACAGAGUCCUACCAAACUCUGCAUCCCAUCAGCUCGGAGGAACUGCUCUCACUAAAAUACGAGGCGGAUUAUCAGACCGUGAUCAGUCGAGAUGCACCUGUGGACUCAUUGCAAUCUGAGUAUUACAUCAAGCAAGAAGUGGUGUCACCCGAUAACAUGUGUGUGGGCCGAAUCAGCCGAGGUAAGCUUGGUGGUCAGGAUUCUUUUGAAAGCAUUGACAGUUUUGACAGCUGUGACCGUUUAGCGCAGUCCUGGAGCAGCCAAAGCUCUUUCAACAGCCUCCAACGAGUGCCGUCCUAUGACAGCUUUGACUCAGAGGAUUAUUCUAGCAACCUGCCCAAUCACAAGCCCAAAGGAACAUUCAAAGACUACGUGCGAGAACGAACCGAUUUAAACAAGGACAAGCCAGUGAUCCCUGCUGCUGCUCUGGCUGGAUACACAGGCAGUGGACCCAUCCAGUUGUGGCAGUUCCUUUUGGAGCUCUUGACAGACAAAUCUUGCCAGUCAUUUAUCAGUUGGACAGGUGACGGCUGGGAAUUCAAACUGGCAGAUCCCGAUGAGGUUGCCAGACGAUGGGGAAAAAGGAAGAAUAAACCAAAGAUGAACUACGAGAAGCUGAGCAGAGGCCUGCGUUAUUACUAUGACAAGAACAUCAUUCACAAAACAGCUGGCAAACGCUAUGUGUACCGGUUUGUUUGUGACCUCCAAAGCCUGCUGGGUUACACACCAGAGGAGCUACACGCCAUGCUGGAUGUUAAGCCAGACACCGAUGAGUAAGGAGCCGCCACCUAUGGGACUGGAUUCCAGGCUGUGCUCACAUACAGGACUUGUAUAUGAUUUGUUUGCUUAAGCUUCAUAUAGAAAGUCAAGAUUCAUCGCUUUGAAGACAAGCAUUGGAAAUCAAUGCACCAUUCCUCAAAGACAAACAAAACCAGUUGUUUCUUCUUUUAAAAAAAUCAUUUUAAUUGUUUUUGGUUUUGUAAACUUUUUUUUUCCUGCCUUACUAGUACGAGGUGGACAGUGCAAGGAUUGUAUUGACAUAAAGCAUUGUGGGAUAUGGAGCAGGCACACUUACCACAAGGAACAUUGUUACCACCAAUGGGCAGUUGCAUGGUUAUUGGUGUGCAUAUCGAUUGUGAUGGCCUUGGUCACAUUGGUGGACUGAAACUAGUGUCUUGGGUAUUUUACUGUGUUCCCUAUGUGCCAGUAUUUUUGUCUUAAGCUCAUACCUAAGUUGGCCUCAGUAUUUUCAGUAUUGUAUAGACCCUUGCCAGUUGUUUGGAUGAAGUGUUAAAGGUCUGUAGAUCACAUCCAGAUGUUUGCCUGAGGGGGUGAAAAUGGGCUGCGACCAAAUGAAGUGCCAAAAACCAUCUCAUAAAGCCAAGCCAGCUGGAAUCUGUGUUUUGCUAUUUGUCCAGUAUGACAAUCAGUGAGGUCCAUUGUAUCAUUUAUUAUCUUUAAAUGGAGAAUAGUCAUCAACAGAGGUAGGGGAAAAGGGAGACCGUGAAGCAAUCUACCUGGGUCCACCUCAAAGACCUAGUAUGCCAUGGUCUGCCUAUGGUCUCAUGCCUCUGAAGCCUCGCAAGUUAACUGAGUUAAGGCAGUUUGUGUCCAACUGCUCUCUGAUACUGUUAUAAAUAUGUAAUAUGUGCUGUGGUAUAUUCUGUGCAACUGCAUCACCUGUUGAGAUGGUGUUUUGAAAAAGCUACAUGGAAAGACAACUUAAUGCUGGCCCCAGUAUUAUUCCAGGAAGGUCCAAAGAAGUGAGGGAACAUUGGGAUCGACAUGAAUCUUAUAUAGUUCACCACAUUCAAAUUCCAUCAAACAAGUGAAGGACAGAGAAAUUCUCCAGCCUCACAGCUCUGCAGCCUUGCAGAUGAACAGUUUUGAGACAGAAUGUCUAAUCUGCAGACACAACAGGUGUUUCCUUGAAUUAAUGGACAUUUCAACCCUUCAAACCUUCCAGAGUUGGAGGAAGUGGACUGAAAAUCUGUUUGAAGAGUUGACUGAAGUUGAGGAGAAAUACCAUUGUUCAGGCUAAGCAAGGACAGACCAGUAUUUAUGGUCACUUUUCUGCUAAUUCAGGAGGCUUUAUGCUCACUAUUUCUUUGCCAUUGUCGCUAAGCCAAAUAUUGUUUUGUGCCUUCACUUCUGAAAUUUUUAGCAGAGUGUUUAGACGCUGUUUGGCGUUCACUGUGUGACUUCAUUUCAAGUUUCUGUUCUCUUUUCCUGGCCGCUUUGUAAAAGAUGUGUUUGUACCGACCAUCAGUAAGUGACGUUGCACCAUCUGUGAAAUGUCUCUGGGCAAUGCCUUACAAGUCCAUGUAGUUCUGUCUGAACACACUGAGAGUCUAUCAGUGAAGAACUGUGACCUUGCAGUGUACAAAACGUCAGCUGGGUGAUUCACGGUGACUUGGUCCACAAGAGUUUGGUCCACAAGAGUGACUUGGUCCACAUUUCCAGUGUGUGCAGCUAGCUCUAUCGGAAUUAGCAAUAAGCAAAUCACUUUACUCAGAACAAUAAGAGCACGUGUGAAAUUCCUGUGUGAUUAUUCAUAAGCAAAAUACGGAGAGAGAACGCCACUAAACCCUCCCAACCUGGUUCCACCUGCCUAGCACCCACACACCACACUCUCUGGUUCUCCUGUCCCCUUCCCUACUGGUUCCAUCUGCCUAUCGGUCGUCCCUUAUCUGACUCCACUUGUCACCUUCCUUACUUAGCAGAUUCCAACAUCUGCAGCUCUUGUGUCUCCACCUAUCACCUGCCAGCCCCUGCCUCACCUUCCCCCUUACCUCUUUAUAUUCGCUAUCUCCCCUCUACAUUCGUAGUCCUGAUGCAGGGUCUCGACUUGAAACAUCGGCAGUUCCUUUGCCUCCACAGAUGCUGCUUGACCUGCUGAGUUCCUCCAGCAGUUUAUUUUUUGCACCAAAUCCUCGUUUGGUCAAAUUAGGCUCAGAUAGAGUAAAGCUGUGAUUGGUGCUCAAGAGGCAGAUAGGGCAAUAAGUCUCCCGAGAGAUGUAAUUUAAGGAAAAUUGUCUACAACUAGCCCCAAAAUUGAACAUAAUGAUAGUAGGUGAAAGGUAGGUCACGAUUUCUGUAGGUGUUUAAGAUGGCUGAGUUCUUGAUUAAGAAAUGUGUGGGAUAAUACACGAUAUAGGGUGAUUAUUAGACUCUAAGCAGAAACCCAAGUCUGAAAACUGUUUCUGUUGGUUGACUGCAGUCUAGAGUGGCACCCUGCAAUCAAAGCCUCCUUCUUUAUGAGGAGAUUGCAGUUGCUCUCCAUGGACUUGCCUGUCACACUGGGGGUAUGAGCAGAGCAUUGGAAUGUUGCAAGUGUCCAGAAUGUGCAUAGGAAGAUCUCAUCACAUAUUGUAUAUUAUAUUGUGUAAAUCCAGAAGUACAAGUCAUUGCUUAAGACGUGCCGUCACCAAUAUUACUCUGUCAAAGGUUCCAUUGGCUCUGACUUUUGUAAUCUGGGUGGAAAGCCUCAACACAAUAAAUGAUUACUUACUGCAGGUUUAAAGUCUAAAAUAGUAGAUAUAAUAAAAGAUGUUUUAUGUAUUUUGUUUAAAACUUAUUUUUUAGCUUUUUUAAAAAUAAUUUAUAUUUUUUAAAAGAACAAAAAAGCAGAGAAAGCUGAGCUUUGAAAACUAAAGUAGCUUAGAGAUGUAGCAAUCUCAUUGGAGCAGAGUGAAGAUUCCUAUAAAUGUAGUUGCUGAUGCUGGCACAUCAUGUUGCUGGAGAUAUUUUAUAUGACUUGUACUCUUACUGCAGUUUAAGUAUGUUACAAAUUGUGGUAAUGGUUCAUUAAGAAAAAGAGCUGUGAAACGUGGAUUAUUUUUGACUCCAAUGUAAUACCAGUGCCAAUGUUAUUCAAAGAUUUUUACAUCAAAAGUGUUAGAAUCUACCUCUUGUAGCUCCAAUCCAAACUCUGCCCUCUGUGGCCUAGAUACAGAGUUCUUAGUGCCUUCAUAUCCAUUUGAGAUGGAAUGUAAAACAUUAUGAUUUUAUGAAGUUUAAGAGUAAUUUCAAUA